UUCUUCGGACAGGGGGCAGUAGAGAGACCGCAGAUGGUGAAAAUCUGCUCUCCCCUUCACCACCACCAACAACACCGCUGCGUAAUCAGUCAGGUCCAGGGGCUGAAGCGCACCGAGCCACACAGCGGUUUUCGUGUUGAUAAGACUCCUUGGAAGAAGAGAACCGCAAACUACCUUCAUGCGACGUUAUUUCUGCCUCUAAGCUGGACUUUUGGGACACAUUACGGUUAACGAGGAAGAGACUUUUGACAGUCGGGAAAUGAGAAUUCAAAUGUAUUUUUAAUUUAUUGCUUUUUAAAUUAAUUUGGAACACACUUGGAAUAAUUUUUUUAACUUUCCUUCCUUUCUGAAUCUCCUGGAUAUUUUUCUAAAGUGUAGACUUUUGUUGCUUGGAAAUGUGUUUCGCUAAAAAGUCCUUUGUUGAAAUAUUAGUCUCUUCGUUUGCACUUUCAGCGGAAAACGCACACUUCAGCGCAGCAAGGUGAACUUAACUGAGUCAACUAAACAGGACUUUGAAGACUGAACUAAAAGCAGGAGGUUUAUUGUCUGUCUAUAUAUUAUUAUUGUUAUUAUUUCUAAGAGGGACUUGGAAAAAAAAAAGUUUGCUGCAGGUGAGCGGUACUUCUUCAUCUUUUGUGGACAUCUCCGCUGUGGGACCGCAGUGUGGACGGACGCUUGCACGCGCGCGCAGGUCUCUCGCGCUUCCAUAAAUGCCCGGUCCGUCGAAGAGGCUCGAGGCUGGGCAGCAAGAUGAGCUCGUGGGUACAGCUGCUGCUCGCGGUGCUAGCGGUGUGUCUGCGGUUUGGUGUGGCCGAGGAGGACGCUCUGCCUGCAGCCCUGGUGGAGCUGGUUAGAAACAGCCCCAUCUCCUCAAUAGAAGACCUUCAGCUGCUGCUGCUCUCUGACUCCGUAGAUGAGGAAGACGAGACUUCUGCAGCCAAUGGAGGUCACAGACUACCAAGAAGCCUCGACGCCCAGCCAGCCCAGCAGGCUCUGUGUAAAGUCCGAACAGAAGUGGUUGAGGUCACAAGGGCGAUGUUGGACCGGAGCAAUGCUAACUUCCUCUUGUGGCCACCCUGUGUUGAGGUGCAGCGCUGCUCUGGCUGCUGCAACACUAAAAGCUUGCAGUGUGUUCCUGUUGUCACACACACAAGAUAUUUGCAGGUUAUGAAGGUUGAGUACAUCAACAAGAGACCCACUUAUGCUAAAGCAGUGGUGUCAGUUGUGGAUCAUGUGGAGUGCAGAUGUCAGCCUGCUCCUCGUCCCCCAGUGCACAAGAAGAAAUCCUCUCGUAGGCAGCACGGCCACCUGCAUCGAAACCAGACACUUAGCCAAGGACACGCACAGGGACAGGUUAAGGUGCAUUCCAAGGAUGAACUCCAUCAGUUGGAUGAGCUCAAAGAAAACCAGAGGGCCCACUUGGAGGAUCUCCUGGAGCAGCAAUGGAGCCCCAGAGGAGACACCUUCACUCAGCCUGGAGAAGGAUACAGUCUUGCUGGGGAGAACACUUCCCACUCUGGAGAGGCUGUUCUCUUUGCCCCACACUGGGCUCAUAACAUCAGCAAGCUUACUGAGACUAAAGAAACUGAGAAUGUGGAGAGGAAGGAUGGCGUAGUCUCAGAUGACAACAAAACUGCUUCCUCAGUGGAUAGUGUUGGAACUGAGAUAAAGGACAAGUUUGCAGAAGGUGGGGACGGGUUGCACAUCAUCAACACUGGAGGCAAAGUUAACGAGAGAAACGAAGAGACACAAACACACAGCCCAUGGCAAGAAGACAAAGGCAAAUAUUCAAAGAGCCAUACAAGUGGAUUCUCUCAGCACGUUACUCCUCAAGCAAAAUUCAGUCCUACUGUGGAAACCAGUACUAACACAGUUAGGCGCAGGUUCCGACCCACCAAAGAGCCAAACCCUGAACCUCGUGACCAGGAGAGACGGAGAGAAAAUGAGACUCCAGACGAGGAGAGGAUAUUACAGAUUGCAGAGGCAAAACUGGAAGAGGAGAGAAAAGAGCUUCUACUUCUCCAUAAAAGGUUGGACCAAGAAAAGAAAAUACUGAGACAGCAGCAAAUAAAGCAAGAAGAGGAAGAAAGGCAGAAAGAAAAAGAGACAGACAGUCAACAACACCUACAUGGUAAACAUCACCACCAUCUCCAAACUACAACUCAGAAACCAGAGACAACAACAUUGACAACUACCACGCGAAAGCCACCAGCUCCUACAGGCCCCAGACUCCCAGCUCGACCACAAAAAAGAAAAAAGAUGAGGAAGAAUCGCAGAAGGAUCAGUAAGGCAGCUAUGAGAGCAAUGCUAAUGUAGAACUAAAGUAAACCCAGGGACACAAAGAGAACAUGGUGCAUUUUUUGGAUAACCCAGAGAAGACACCAAAUGGACUUCCUUUGUAUAAGUAUUUAUUCAUUUGUCAGUAACUUGCUCAUCCCUUGAGAUCUCCUCAGUAACACUACUAAUGACUGUCUGGUGAACCUCUACCUAUACUCGGGAGUAAAGGGGAAAGGAUAAAAAAGGAGUGUAAAUAAAAGGUGGACCUUCUUGAGAGAAUGCUUGCCUCUUUGACAGCUGAUGGUAUAAAGCAACAAGUGGCACCCAAAGACUGAUGAACUGUGUGCAAGCAGUGUGCCUGUGGGAAAAUGAAACUGCAUCGCUGUAGAACUGUGGAAAAUAGUGCAAUUUCAAAAGUCUACUUGGAACCUUGUCUUGAUAUCAGCAGACAGAAACUGCACUUAAAUGUUGACAGAGGCGAGUCUAAAAGGAGUUUGUUGCUGAAAGCCUGGAUUUUGUGAUAACCACAGUCACAUUAGACUAAGGAGUAUAUCUGGUGUAAAAAUUAACACUCCCCCCAUGCACACACACACACAUGCACACACACACACACACACACACACACACACACACA